CCACUUUACUUUUAUCUUUUCUUCACUUUUUUUUAAGUUAUGGUCCUGCUUUUAUAGUAUUAUUACUAUUUAUUGGACUUUCACUAGCUGCAGGUCUUUAUGUCUUUUCGUUAUUUGUUGAAGAAAAACCAUCACAUGCAAGAAGUAUUAUUAAAUACUUAAUUAUUGGAACUAUUCUCCAAACCUUGUUAUGCCUUCGAUUUAUUCCAUGGUAUGUUGUUAUUGUGAAUCUUAUUUCACAAGCUAUUUAUUUUAUGUUAUGCAAAGAUGUUCCUUAUAUUAGUUAUAAGUCACCUAUUUUCUUUGGAGGGUGUGUUGCUGCUGUGUUAUCUCAUUUAGUGUUUGCUAUUCAUUUCCUCUUGUCUGAAGAAUGGCAUUUUUGGAGAUUAUUAUUAAUUAAUAUUUACACUUUAUGGACUGUUCCCUUGUUGUUAUUGGCGUCUGUAGUCAUUGCUCCAGAGGCAUUGGUUGGUUCAGGUGAAGGAAAAGAACUAGAGCAUCGAAGUUUGUUCGCUCGAGUUUUAAAAGCAAUUUUUGGAAGAGCAACUGAAUGGGUUGAAUCACUUCAAUAA